AUGUUGUUCCUUUCACUCCUGUGCUCGCUGUUCUUCCUGCCAGCGGUCGUCUUGGCGGCCUUUGGCUGGACGGACAAUGGCUCCGAGUAUGUCAUUGACAGCGGCUCUGACCUCGUCAUCAAGGUGACCAAGUGCUGCGGUGAUAUCUCGUCGCUCAACUACAAGGGCGUCGAGUAUAAUGGCUGGGGCGGCAAGAACACCCACGUCGAAUCAGGUAGGUUUACGAAUGCCGCCUUCCCUUCCCACUAUAACCUCGAAGCAUCGUAUCCUGACAAACAUCUACAGACUCUCAAGCACUGGAUCUUUGUCCGGUACGGAAACAACAAUGUCUACCUCUUUACGAACAAGGCAGACGACUCGGUCUCUGCUAUGCGCUACAUCGUCCGCAUCCCGGGUGGAAUCUUCUCCCACGACUCUACGGAGAGUGACUUCUAUGAUGCCAGCAGCACCAUCAUCGAGGCCCAGGACAUCAACGUCAAUAGCGCCGGCUUGACCAAGAGCAAGCACUACCAAGGCUCCAACUACGGCCGGUACGUUACAAGAACACCCUUCUUCGCAAAAAACUUGACUAACAACCAGCAGAUCGACUACGUCGGCCGCAAGAAGACCGGCGUCGGUCUCGGCGGUCCCUUCUUCCGCUCUCUCGUCCGUCGCGCCGACCCGACUGGCGAGGACUUGUACGACAUCUACUACUACAAUAUGGGCCACACGGACCCCAUGCGCACCGGUCUCCAAGGCCCCUCCGUCCUGGCUUUCACCGCCGGCGAGGACCCCAACAGCAACCUCUUCGCCCGCAAGGCCGACUGGUCCUGGUUCGAUGACCUCGGCCUCGAUGGCUGGGUGCCUGCCUCUGGUCGCGGCUACGCUUCCGGUGUCGGCCUCUCCAACAUGAAGUCCGGCAAGACAUACGUCGUCGGGCUGUCCAACUCCGCCGCCCAGUACUGGGGCACCGCCGGCUCCGGUGGCGCCUGGUCCAUCACCAAGAUCAUCCCCGGCACCUACACUCUGACCGUCUACAAGGACGAGCUCGAGGUCGCCACCUCCUCCGUCACCAUCAAGGCUGGCGCCGGCACUGCCGUCAACACCAUCACCUGUGUUGAUCCUCAGGAUGAUGCUGUCAUUUGGCGCAUCGGCGAGUGGGGUCAAACACAAAAACUGACUUUUGGCAUAGAUGGAACCCCCAAGGGCUUUUUGAACUUUGAGGACACCCCCAUGAAGCCCACUUACAUGCACCCCUCCGACACCCGCAUCUCCACCUGGAACGCCGGCAACUUCAUCGUCGGCACCCACAGCGCCAACCGGUUCCCCGGUUACAUGUGGAAGGAGGUCAACAGCGGCUACCUCAUCUACUUCAAGCUCACCACCGCCCAGCUCGCCGCCGGCCACACUGUCCGCAUCGGCAUCACGGAGGGCUACAUCGGCGGCCGCCCGGCCAUCAACGUUAACUCGUGGGCCUCGGCCCUCCCCGCGGCCACCAACCAGGCCAGCACCCGCUCGCUGACCGUCGGCACGUAUCGCGGCAACAACGUCAAGCUCACCUUCGCCGUGCCGCAGUCCGCAUGGAUCCAGAGCACGAGCGAGUGGCAGAUCCUCACCAUCAACAUCAUCAGCGGAAGCUCCGGCGAGAAGUACCUCAGCCCUGGUGUCAGUUUCGACGCUGUCGAGCUUCUGGCUUAA